GAGCUCUUGGAGAUCGGUUUCGAGGGGGAGUUCCGGAGCCUCGCACUGGGCGCCCCGAGCCGAAGAUUGCCUCCCUUCGGGCUCCUGGCCACCCUGAAGGACUUGGCGAUCCUAUCGCCCUACUCGGGGCGAGCCUGUGGUGGCAUGGGUGUGGACGUGGUGCGGAUCCUGCAGCCGGUGAAGAUGAGCCCCGACUGCCUUCUGCCCAACUUCCCAUGGCUGGGUCUGGCCCGGAUGGGGGAGAAGUUUGCUUGCAUCCUGCAAGCGAGCCCUUCGGGAAAAGAGGUCCUUCUGGAGAUGCAUCUUCCCGAUGCCCGGAUCCUCGUCUGGGAGCCCCUGGCUCGGCCUUUGGGGCACUUUCUGGAAGACCGCUCUGACGAGGAUGUCUCGGCCGCAUUCGAGGCCGGGGGCUGCAUCUCCGCUUGGCAAGCGGGGCCUGUGGAGAGCGAGCGCCGGGAGCAGAAGAUGCACGGGCGGCGGCACCCGCUCAGAGUGACCCUGGCAGUGCAGAGUAAGCCACGAGCUUUCAUCUUCCCGCACCAGGUGGAGGUGCAGGUCCUGGAAGGGCUCCAAAGAGGAGCCCUCCGGGCUCACCGGCAAGCAGGGCUUCUCCUGCCCUGGGAAGAUGUUGACUUGCGCGUGGUGCUGCGGGUGGGUGCUCUCCGCGUCUUUCAGGUCAGUCGGUUGAUCGGCGACACCUUGGGCGUGGAGGAGGCCCGGGUGGAUCCGCACCAGCUACAUCUCCACCUCGGUGCAGUUGCCAGGUGGGACUCCCCUGGCUUUGUGAAGAACUUCUCCGUGAUCGUCGACCCGGGUCGGAAGACGCUCUUCUCUCGUCCCUGGAGGGCUGGGGAUGCACAUGGGCCCCCUUUCCGUGACGAGAAUGAUGUGGAGCUGGGGCAGGACGAGCUGGGCUUAGAUGGGAAGGAUGAGGAAGAGCACUGCGGGGCCUGGCUUACAAACUGCUGCUCCUCCCAUGCUGCCCAUGCCAAGCAGUCACUUGCUGGGCUCCAGCCGCUGCGGUCGAUGACGUCGGAGCUGCUCCAGCUCUCCGACAUUCCGUCCAAACAGAGCUUCUGUGAAGUCUCUUUCUGGGCCGUGAAGGAGAGGGAGUUCAACGCGCGAUUCUUCCUGCGCGUGGGGGAUGAUUGGCGACUGGGUGCUUUCUUUGCGGAGGUCCAGCUUCAAGGACUUCUGCAAGUAUCACAAGGUGACGGCGAAGCCUGCGGACUUGCGCUGAGAAGCUGGGCAUGCCCAGGGCCCUCAGCGAUUGCGGGCGAGGUCGUUCCGCGGUACAUUCAGCUGGACUCACUACUCCUGAGACUGACGUCCCUGCCGGCGCAGACAUCUCUGACUCCACAGACGGAUGCGCCUAAGUCAAUCUCCUUGCCGGCGGUGUCUGUGGAGCUGCAGUACAAUGCGCUGCCUCCGGCCCCUGCGGAGAUUUUGCCGGAUGCCGCCGAGUCGACUCCGGCGCCGCCGGCCCUUGCGCCGUCGGAUGAGCCGCUCUUCACGAAUGCCCCGCAGCAGGUGGAGCCACCAGAGACCACCUACGUGGUGGCUCCCAGCGACAUCAGC